AUGUAUGUAUCUAUCUAUCUAUCUAUCUAUCUAAAUUUAUUCAUCAAAUUUGUUCAUAUUGUUUGUUUCUAUCUAUCUAUCUAUCUAUCUAUUUAUCUCUCUCUCUCUAUAUAUAUAUAUCAUUAUCUCAAUCUCAUUUUAUUAUCUAAAUACACCCUCUAUUUUAUCACUGUAUCAAUCCGUUUCUUAUCUAUCUAUUCUAUCUAUCUAUCUAUCUAUCUAUCUAUCUAUCUAUCUCGUGCCUUCAUAUUAAAGUCUGUUCAUAUCUAUCUAUCUAUCUAUCUAUCUAUCUAUCUAUCUAUCUAUCUAUCUAUCUCGUGCCUUCAUAUUAAAGUCUGUUCAUAUCUAUCUAUCUAUCUAUCUAUCUAUCUAUCUAUCUAUCUAUCUAUCUCGUGCCUUCAUAUUAAAGUCUGUUCAUAUCUAUCUAUCUAUCUAUCUAUCUAUCUAUCUAUCUAUCUAUCUAUCUAUUAUAUAUAUAGUCGACUCUCCCGUCAAAUUCGACUUUUCUUUCUGCUUGGGUACCCACGUGCUUCACUGAGGCCUUUAAAGAUAUUUUUGAAAUUUCAUUAUGUUUUCUUUGAGCUUCCUUUUCGUGGUCGGCGGUGGCGUGGUAGGCUUAAAGUUUUCGUCGUCGUAGAAGUUGUCAACGUAGUUCUUGAGAAUGCCGAAACCUUUCGCUCUCAUGGAGGCAAGCUAGCGACUUUCACAUUUCUCUUUGUGAAUCUAUCUAUCUAUCUAUCUAUCUAUCUAUCUAUCUAUGUUAAUAUCUAUCUUUCUAUAGAUCUAUCUCGGAUUAAAAAGGUUGAGAACCAUUGGUCUGUCUAUCUUUUUAUCUAUCUAUCUAGCUCAGUCUGUCCAGUUAACUUUAUCUAUCUAUCUAUCUAUCUAUCUAUCUAUCUAUCUCAGAGUUUCUCAACCAGAGGGGAAUUUCAGAGUUUCAGUUGUGGGGGAUCUUUUAAUUAUCUAUCUAUCUAUCUAUCUAUCUAUCUAUCUAUCUAUCUAUCUCAGAGGUUCUUAACCAGAGGGGAAUUUCAGAGUUUCAGUUGUGGGGGAUCUAUCUAUCUAUCUAUCUAUCUAUCUAUCUAUCUAUCUAUCUAUCUAUCUCAGAGGUUCUUAACCAGAGGGGAAUUUCAGAGUUUCAGUUGUGGGGGAUCUAUCUAUCUAUCUAUCUAUCUAUCUAUCUAUCUAUCUAUCUAUCUCAUUCUAUUCAUUAUAGGGACAUACUACGGAUGUGUUAAGCCUUAA